AGGUCCUUUGAGCUCUAAGAAUCAGACAGCGCAGGGUAAACACUCAGGAAAUAACUCCGAGGAUUGCUGGAAGGAAAGAAGGAGACUACAUUCAUCUGACGAGCACACAGACUUGUAAUCUGUGGUAUUUUGUAUCCUACUUAUAUACUAUUUUGUCAUAUACAUUCUGCCGCCAUAUAAAGAGCCAUCAUGUUACAUUUUCUCAGGUCUAGAAAGGAAAAGGAAAAGAAGCUGCGUCAUAAAGUUCAGGAAGUUAUAAGAGCAAAUAAGCCAAAAAAACUCCGUAUGUUAUUGUCUGAGAGCAAAGCUCAGAAACUUAUCAGGAAAACUGGUGGGAUUGUGCUACACAGAUGUCUGUUUCCUGCUAUAAAUGUUAGUCAUUUUGAGUGUAUUGAAGAAUUGUUAAAAGCUGGAGUCAAACCAUGUUAUGAGAAUAGGCGUAAUGCUGUAAUUCACACCAUUUUUAAAGAGCAGGUCAGCGUCCUCAGGCUGCUGUUGGAAUAUGGAGCAAAUCCUGAUGUUGACCUCGACAUGACUCAACCUUUAUACUAUGCAGCAAGUUUUGCAGAUCUGACUUGUUUUCGAAUGUUACUACUUUUUGGCGCUGACCCAGAUUACAACUGUUCACACCCUGAAUUUUUAAGCAGUGCUCCAGAUGUUUCGUCAAUAUUAGGGAUGUGUCUUGCCAACAGCUAUGAGGUCCAAUUUGUGAAACUGCUCAUUCAGUUUGGGGCUAAUAUGUACUUACCUGAUAUACAGAGAACCCGGAUCCAAGUUGAUAAUGAUGCAGCAAAACUUCUGGACAGAGAAAUGGUUCAUCCAAGAUCCCUGAUGUCUCAGUGUCGUAUCACUAUAAGAAGGCUGAUGAAACAAGUGGGGAAACUUGGUCUCAUUGGUCGGCUAGAAGUCCCUGAUGUACUACUGAGAUACUUACAGUACCACGAUGAGCUGGAUUACCAAGAGAAGCUGCCACGACAUUAUCAAGCAAGAUAUCCGGUAUUCCAUUGUCGGGACCCCUGUCUUAUAUGAAACCAAUGAGAUCAGGAAAUGUCCAGUAACUGCCCAGAGUGAUCAUUCUGGAAGGAGGGGAUGAUGAGGGUGAUUUUGUUACCAAAGAAUCGAUAACCUACUGUGAUAACUAGAGAGAUACACAAAUGAGGGGGCACACCUAAUAAAAUAUGGAGUGCAAAGGGUGGUAAAGAAACAUAGGACAAUAUCAACUGACCCAAGGGAGAGUCAUGAGAACCACCCUAUAUAUGCACAUCCAACAAUCCAAAAUUAUCAAAAAUAUAAAGUUUAUUAGACACACCAACAAAUACAAAUUAAAAAUUGUAUACAAUUAGAACAAAGUGCGGUAUACAUUAAAUAUGACCGACACACACAGGUCCACUAAAUGCCACAAUAAAGCAUGUAUAUUAUAAACCAGCACAUAGAUAUACAAUAUCAAGCAUAAGGCAAAUAUAAAAUGAGGUGAGACCAUUAAAGAUACAAGCAAACCAGAAUAAAGUCUGAAUACAAAAGUGUCAAACCUAAAUGGACCGCUGGUAUCAUGGACCUGUAAGAGUAAGAACGCACCCCGUUUCUCCAUUGCAACACCACGUUGUUGAAUAAACAGAAGACUGGCCUA